AUGCGCAACCCUUUCUUCGAGUUUGACGAGUCCAGUGUGGAUGGGGACUCCAAGCCCGCGAACGACAUUGAUGAGAUCGACGGUCGCCAAUUCGAGGUGGUUACAGCGCCCGAAGAGGACGAUGAUGGUGAACGCGCCAUCUUGCAGGACGAAGAGCGACGCGGAGAUGACCUGAAGGAACGCUUCAUCGGUACUAUUGAUCAGGGUACCACCAGUACUCGCUUUAUUAUCUUCGACUGCACAGGGGUGCCCAUCGCCAAAUAUCAAACCGAGUUUCGCCAGAUUCAUGAACAUCCUGGAUGGCACGAACAAGAUCCCUACGAGUUGGUGGAGUCGGUUUUCAUCUGUAUCGAAGAGGCGAUGAAAUCGUUCCUAGCAUUGGGCCAUUCACGAUCCGACGUCGAAGCCGUCGGUCUCACCACUCAGCGAGAGACCGUCCUGGUCUGGGAUUGGGAAACUGGUGAACCCUUGCAUAACGCCAUCACUUGGACCGAUACUCGUACCAUGAACUUGGUGCGUGAACUGAAGGAGAAACCCGGGGCCGAGAACCUGGUCAACCUGUGCGGUCUCCCCCUCUCCACAUACCCCUCUUCCGUAACUUUACGCUGGAUGCUGGACAACCUCCCGGAUGUCCGGUCAGCCUAUGACGAUGGCCGCGCCGCCUUUGGUACGGUCGACUCGUGGCUACUCUAUAACUUGAACGGCGGUGCUCAGAAUAAACGCCAUGUCACCGAUGUCACCAACGCCUCGCGGACCAUGUUUAUGAACCUCGAAACUCUCAAAUAUGACGAUACCCUUCUGAAAUUUUUCGAUAUUGAUCCCAAGAAAAUCCGCCUCCCCGAAAUCAUGCCCUCCGCCGACAAGGAAGGCUUCGGUGAAAUCUACGAGGGUCCCCUGGAAGGAACCCGCAUCACCAGCUGCCUGGGUGAUCAAGCCUCCGCCCUGGUCGGCCACUGCGCUUUCACCCCAGGAAGCGCCAAGAACACAUAUGGUACCGGUUGUUUCCUUCUCUACAACGUGGGCGAAAAGCCCGUCAUCUCCAAACAUGGCCUGCUCGGCACGGUUGGAUUCCAGCUGGGCCGGGAUCGCAAGCCCGUGUAUGCCCUAGAAGGCAGUGUUGCCGUGGCAGGAAGUGGUGUAUCUUUCUUAAUGAACAACAUGGGUUUCUUCCGCGAUUCCCGUAAGGUUAGCGACCUGGCCGCGACUGUCCCGGACAGCGGAGGUUGUAUUUUUGUCACUGCAUUCAGUGGUCUCUUCGCCCCUUACUGGAUUGAUGAUGCCCAAGGAACUAUUUGGGGCAUUACCCACCACACUCAGCGUGGUCACAUUGCCCGUGCAACAAUGGAAGCCGCCUGCUUCCAGACCAAGGCUAUUCUGGACGCCAUGGAGAUGGACAGUGGCAAGAAAUUAACAGAGUUGGCCGUGGACGGUGGCAUGAGUAAUUCCGACAUUUGCAUGCAGACCCAAUCCGAUAUCAUCCAAAUCCCCGUCGAGCGCCCCGCUAUGCACGAAACCACUGCCCUCGGCGCCGCUAUCGCCGCAGCUUUCGCCAUCGAUGUGUGGAAAGAUUUCUCCGAUCUCAAGCAUAUGAAUCGCGCAAACCGCGCCACCUUCACCCCACAUAUCUCUCCGAAGGCCAGUACACGCAUGUACUCGAAGUGGUCCAAGGCCGUCGAGAUGUCUCGAGGCUGGAUGAACGACCAGGCUGAAGAGUCGGAUGACGACGACGACUUUGACCGUAAAAAAGAGCUAUUCGAGGGCGACAUGUAA